AUGGCCCCCGACAAGAAUGCAAGAAGCUACAAGCUUCAUGUCACCAACGCCUUUUCUGGUCAACUACUUCUUGUCUCCAAAAGGAGCAAGCCACAAUCACCUGCCAAAGGAGAACAACCCGCCGCCGACAGCCUCAGCAUCGUUGUCAACGACUCUGGUAGCGAGAUGCAGUCGAUGGACAAUACCGAUCCUUCGAGCUCCGAGGGCUUCAGCCAAGAUGAGGAACUCAAAUGUCUCAAAAACAUCUGCAUAAAAAGCAGCAAGCAUGACACAAAAAGCGUCAAAGAGCCAAUCAAAAAGCCAGUCGGCAUUUUGAAGCCGUCACUGUACGAUACCGAUGCCAGUGACUCCGAUGCAGCCGCCAAGUCUUCCGAGGCAAAGGCUGCUUUGCCAAAGAAAUGCAAGAAGAAGCAGAAGAAGAACAAGAAGAAGGCGACAACGGAGACCGAGUCCAGUGUCGCCGAAUCAACCGACUCAGUUGACGUGACAUCUGGAGAGUCGACAUCUGCUUCUAAUGGUGAAAGCGUCGCCGCCGCCGCUUCGGACGAGGAGUCUAGCAAAGAAGAAAGUGGCGCCGAGGGGGUUGCCGCCUCAACUGAGGAGACUGACGGCACUCAAAUUGCGGAGGAUGCAUCCAUCGACGAGGAGAGCGAAGGAACACAGACCGCCGACGCGCCAUCAAUCAAUGAACAGAGCGACGGGACACAGACAGCCGAGGACCCUUCGAUAAAUGAGAAGAGUGAAGGCACUCAAACUGGCGACGAUGAAAAGCCAGCCGAGGAGGCCAGCUCUACCUCCAAGCCGCCAUCGGCGGCGGGUGACGGCUGGACUCCCUCAAAGGAUGCCCUCCUCCGCUCAAUGAAGGACGGUGGCGAGGCGUGGUCGACGAUCGCGUCUGCUAUUUCCAUGCACAAGAACUCGUGCAAGGCGCGCUGGAAACAGCUUAGCGCAAAUGGAGACGGUAGUGAUGACAAGAAGGAGCCAGGCGACCAAGGCAAGGACAAGAAUGACACCAGUGAUGAUGUCGGAAAGGCUACAGAGGCCGAGGCUGCGCCUACAGCUGCUGUCGAGCACACCACACUGGCCGACAACAACGUCGUCCCCGGUGACACUACAGCCAAUGACGCCGACAACGAGGUGUCUACUGCCGACAACAACAACAACAAGAAGCACAAGCGGAAGAAGAAGGCCAAGCUGUCUGAAAAAGUCAAGAAGAUAAUGAAAGAGAAGAACAUGGCAAAGGCAACGGCCGGCAGUGACGCCGGCGCCUCCUCAGCUCCGUCUGGCGGAGCCGGCCGCACCAGGGUCGCGACGUGGCUCGGCAUCCACGGCCCCUAUUAUGCAUCCGUCCAAGUGCCGGACCCCGCGCCCGGCAACGGCUGGACUGCGGAGGAUUGUGCCGUUCUGGGCACCCUGGAGCGCAAGCGUCGUGUUGAGCGCUGGCUCAACCUACAGGCCAACUUUUACAAUGCUACGGGACGCAUGGUCUCUAUCGAGUUGUUGAAGGACAAGGUUGGAGACGAGGCAUGA